CAUGGAUCAGACGACAACAUGGCAGGAUCCCAGGAAGGCCCUGUUCUCCCAGAUGAGCGUCGCUGCCUCCACCAGCCCCUCCGUGCAGCAGACCUUGAUGACCUCAGGCCCUCUACCUGACGGCUGGGAGCAAGCCACCACUCAGGAUGGAGAGAUUUACUACAUCAACCACAAGGACAAGACCACCUCCUGGCUGGACCCCAGGAUUGACCCUCGCUUUGCCAUGAACCAGAGAAUCAGUCAGAGCGCCCCUGUGAAGCAGCCACCGCCCUUGGCACCCCAGAGCCCGCAGGGAGCCCUCCUGGGAGGCGGGGGCUCCAACCAGCAACAGCACAUGCGGCUGCAGCAGCUGCAGAUGGAGAAGGAGCGGCUGCGGCUGAAGCAGCAGGAGCUGCUCCGGCAGGCAAUGCGGAAUAUCAAUCGCAGCACAGCCAAUUCUCCAAAAUGUCAGGAACUCGCUCUCCGCAGCCAGUUACCCACGAUGGAGCAGGAUGGCGGCACGCAGAACCCCGCGUCUUCCCCCGGGAUGACUCAGGAAUUGAGGACCAUGACCGCCAACAGCUCAGACCCCUUUCUUAACAGCGGCACCUAUCACUCCCGAGAGGAAAGCACAGACAGUGGACUCAGCAUGAGCAGCUACAGCGUCCCCCGGACCCCUGACGACUUCCUGAACAGUGUGGACGAGAUGGACACAGGCGACACCAUCACCCAGAGCGGCCUGCCCUCACAGCCCAGCCGCUUCCCUGACUACCUGGAGGGCCUCCCCGGCACGCACGUGGACCUGGGGACGCUGGAGGGCGACGGGAUGAGUGUGGAGGGCGAGGAGCUGAUGCCCAGCCUGCAGGAGGCCCUGAGCUCCGACAUCCUCAACGACAUGGAGUCCGUGCUGGCCGCCACCAAGCUAGACAAAGAGAGCUUCCUCACGUGGUUGUAGAGUGCGGGCCGUGGCCAGUCUGUGAAGGAGACGAGGCCCCCCCGACUUCCGCGUGCGCCGCCUGCUACUUCCCGGCUCUUCCCCAGCUGGGGGCGGAGCUGCCGGCCUCCCCGAAGGAUCAAGGAAACCCCACAAACAACCUUCUUGUUUCUUUUGCUACUGUACCUACUGUUGGUGUGGCCGCCUGCGUGCCCGCCGCUGCCGCUCCUCUGCCGGUCGGCUGCCCCAUGGCUGUCCUUGCGGUCCGUCGGAAGCUGUGUGUUCAGCGGCCAGCCCAGCGGAGCGCACGGCUGCCCGCAGCCAGCGCGGGGCCUCCGUGGCCAAGCCCUUCACACGCAUCCCGGAGAGGCCGGGCCGGCCGGCCAGGCUCCCACCUCCACCGUCUACUCCGGUGUUGCAUGAGUCUGGCAGAGACCCCGGUUUUACCGUAGCCACAGUUCCCGUACAGGGUGGUAAUGACUGCCGCCCGCACUCGCUAGCACAGGUCUGGGUGGAUAUUUUGGGGAGGGUGUUGGGAUUGUUUUAUUGUCAUGGAUGGCUGGUUUUUUGUCAGAACCUACACAGAUGACUAGUGAUUCUGUUUAUAGUUGUAGCUUAUGAUGGUUAUUGUAGUUCUUUUGGUAAAAAGAAACACCUAUAUUUCUUGUUUUUUUUUUUUUUACCAUUUUAUUUAAAUCUGAAUUCUCUGCUCUCUAGACACACACCAUGUUUAUAACAGUGCCAUAGCAGAAUGUGUCUUGUCUCAUUUUUUAAAAAUCUUUUUUAGGUUUGCCUACUUUCCAAGUUACUUUUUAAAGUGAGUUGAGUCUGUAUUUACAGCCCGUGGCGGUGGUGAGGUCUGUGUGAGGCCUGCUCGCUGCCUGGAGGUGUCUAAAUAAAUGCAUCCAGGAGUGGCCGGAAGCCAACCAGAACAGCCCCCACCCCACCCCCGCCACCCCCGCUCUGGGCUAGUGAGUGAUGCGGGACGGGUGAGCUUGGCAGCGGCUUCCUCCAGCUCUGGAAGUUCACCUUUGCCUCAGAUUCGGAAGUAAAUUUUAAUGUUUGGUUCUCAGUUUUGAAUGGACGCAUUGGAGCCUGGGUUGAAGUGUUGCUGAGUCUGCGAGAGGCGCCCCAUCUGCUGCGACCCGGCCUCGGGGCCCUGUGCAGAGAGGGAGUGGCGCUCAGCUGCGAACUGGUCAGGUUAAUCGAUGUAUGUGGGUAGUUGAAUUUAGCAAAGAAGUAGAUCUAAGCAUGCCUGUGUCUUUGUAUUUACGAAAAGAGCUGUAACUAGAGUAUAUGUCUAAAGGAAUAGCAAUGGUUUCCAAAGAAUAUUUUUAAAGGAACUAAGUGAGCAUGAAUUAACUCUUCAAUAUAAGCUAUCAGGUAAUAGUUGGUUAUGAAUUGUAACAGCACCAGCCUCUGUGAUUUUAAGGGUCUUUGCUUCUGGUAGAAGCCCUUAUUUUCAAGGGUUUUUAACAGACAAAAAUCUCUUUUCCUGGAUAAAGCUGGCAAAAGCCUCAGCUUUUAGGAAGGUAGAUUUUCUUUUCCUUUUUUUUUUAAUUACAAAAAUCAUAAGUAUUUUGGCCCUUUGCUUUGGAGGGUGGAAGCAAUUUUAAGUACUUAGAGUGUUCAGAAGCUGCAAGCCUUGUAUUAUAUAUAAUGAUCAGUAGGUUGAUCUUUCAUAGUAAUUGACUCUUAAGGAUUUUAUUAAAAAGUAGCCAAAAGAUUCAAUGCUGAAUGAAGUCUGGGGGGAAGGAAUGGGCCUAUGCAGAGGCACUGGGUUUAGAACAGUGACGAAAUUCUACCUGCAGCACAGAACCGAGAAUGUGGGUGGUGGGGAGAUGGGGGCUGCGUCUACCAGUAAGCCCAGCUUGGAUCGCAUCUUCUUUAUGGGCAGAGUAGCUUUAGCUGAGGGGGGUGGGGGUGGGAGUGGCUCUGGAGAGAGUGUGGGACAGGAUGAACCUUGAUGAACGGCCUUCUCUUCAGCACACACUUACCUUGCCUCCUGCUGUCGCUCAAGGCGGUCAGGCGUUCUAAAACUUCCGUCUCUCCCAUGGACCCAGGGCCCCGUGUGCAGCCUUCCGCCCUCACGCCCCGGCGUGGUUUUACCUCAGCGUUCCGCAGCCCGGCUUCCCGGUCCGCAGCUGCCCUCACCCUGCUUUCUUUCUCCCAGUAACAGCCUGCAAGCAGGCUUCUUUGUGCGCCUUGGUUCCUGACCAGAAGGGGUAGCGCCUCUCGCUUGUGUUGGGUAGCAUGGGGUAAGAAUUUAACUGGUUAUUCUUGAAUUUCUUUUGCAAUAAACCAAUUUUAUAAUCUUUAAAUUAAUCAGCUUUUUACAGUUGUGUUCUUUUAAAGUCACGGCUUCUUAGCAAACUCAUGAGUGAAGGAGCACAUUGAUUUGGGAAUUCCACGUUGACCAGAGCACUAUUUUUGUAGUAACCAUUUUCUAAAUAUAGUGCAUUAAAAAAAAAAAAAGCAAAAAAAGCAAGGCAGUGGCUUUGAUACACACGGUGUUGGUGUUUCCAAUCCUCCAGUAGGCGCGUUGUGUGUGGAAGGUGGCAGGAAGACGGGAAAUGAGAUGAGGCCUUCUGAUUGCAUACAGGUCAGAGCUGGGGGGGGGGGAGCAGUAGGGAGUGGGCGGGGUCUGUUUGUGAGCCCUCCCACAGCCUGCCUGUCUGCCGGAAGAGCUCAGAUGAAUUCUCUUGUCUUUGUAGGCGUGGUUUUAUAAGAACUGUGUGGGUAUGUCUAUCUUAACAGUUAUUUUCUGUAUCUUGAAAAAAAGUAUUCUCCACAUUUUAAAUGUUUUAUAUUAGAGAUGUCUUUAAUACACACUUGUCAAAUAUAUUUUAUAUAUAUAUAUAUAUUAGUACCCAUGUUACCUUUUUUGUUGUAGAUGUUAAGCGCAUGCUCAUACUAGGUACUUAACAUGAAUUGGUUACAUUAUUUUUCCUUAUGUAAUACCUUUUUGUUUGUUUUUUGUGAUUCAAAUAUAUUCUUUCCUUAAACCCUU